AUGGCGGACCACACUUUCUACUACAAAAUCUUCGAAAGCCCCGUCGAACAGCCUCUACCUGACACGCUCCCCACCACUGCCCUGGAUGCUCAGGAUGGCUUCGUUCAUCUUUCCACAGCUCAGCAGMCGCCCAUCACCGCAGACCUAUUCUUCGCUACUUGCUCAAAGCUGUGGAUAUUGAAGCUUCGCGUCAAGGAUCUGGAUGGAGAGAUUCGCUUUCCCGCAGACUUGCCGGGCUGUCCUCAUCUCCACGAUACGCGACAUGGGCUGGGGAAGAGGAAUGUGGAAGAGGUGAUUGUUGUGGACAAGGCGGGACACGACAGCUGGAAUUCGGUCCCGGACAUGGCUAGAUUGGAGAGUUGA